AUGGCAAAUGUAGAAGACCCACUCUCCUCAGGGCGCAUCCUGCGCAGGGCACCAAAUUUACACGAUGGAACCCUCGUGAAAGAACUCGAAUCCACGCACCGCCCAUCCCACCGCCGCCAGACCAGCAUCCGCGCCUCCAUCCGUCGACGUUUCGAAGAAGUGCGCGACGGCGUCCUUUCGCGCUCGCGUUCGCUUAACGGCCGUUCGAUUCGACCCGCUGGCCAACAUGACUCGACCCCCGCCAACGCGGAAGAAACCCCCCGCAAGGUCCAUUCGCGAUCGCUGUCGGAGCUCAAUUGCGCACCACCACAACCGGUCUCGAUCGUUUCCGUUUCACCUCGAGCCACCGACGACUUCACCGCCCAUCAGCGGACAUUGUCGACCGUUUCCGAACGAUCCUUCAUGACGUCGACGGCAGCACCAGCACCCCCUCGUCCCAACACCCACCCGGACUCGAAAGAGUCGGGUGACAUGGUCGUGCCCCACCUCCUACAGCUCGGCACGCCGAUGACCAAGGUGUCAGCCAAGAAGCACAAGAAGUUCGUAUUCAGGCUGGAUCCUGACCUGGGCCAGAUUGUUUGGGAAUCGAAGAAACACAAAAUCAUCCCAAUAGAGAACAUCAAGGAGAUUCGGUCGGGUAGAGAUGCUCGGUACUAUCGCGAACAGUUUCAAUUGGCACAAGAAUACGAGGACCGCUGGCUCACCAUUGUGUACAUCCUAGACGGCAACUACAAGACUAUACAUUUGAUUGUCGCUACCAGAGACGUCUUUCGCAUGUGGGACAGCACGCUACGGCAACUUCACGCCAUCCGUCAAGAGCUCAUGAGCGGACUGGGCAACUUGGAGGUUCGGCAGGCCCUAUGGGAAAAGCAGUACUGGAAGGGUGCGGACGAGGAGCAGGACCAGAGGCUUACGUUCGAGGAGGUGGAGAAGUUGUGUAAGAGGCUCAACAUCAACUCGAGCCAGGAGGAUCUGCGGCGUCUCUUCCAGCAAGCGGACGUGCGGGGACGAGGCUUUCUCGAAUUCGACGACUUCCGAAAGUUUGUCAAGCUUCUCAAGACUCGACCUGAGAUUCGCCGGUUAUACAACAAACUCAAGGGUCGGACAUUGGACGUGUUCGACUUUUCGACUUUCGAAAUCUUCAUGCGGGAGAAGCAACAGUCAGAGCUUACCACAGAUGAACUCAAGGGGCUGUUUUCCAAGUACACGGGAUCACAACCCGCGAUGUCCCUCGACUCGUUUACGACAUUCCUAUUAUCGCCCGAUAACAGCGCCUUCUUGGACCAGCAUCUCAAGAUUUAUCAUGACAUGACGCGUCCUCUCCCCGAAUACUUCAUCUCGUCUUCACACAACACCUACCUCGUUGGUCACCAGCUCGUGGGCGAUAGCACCAUCGAAGGGUACAUCCGCGCCCUUCUCCAUAGUUGUCGGAGCGUCGAAGUUGAUAUCUACGACGGCGACGUGGAGCCAAUGAUAUUCCAUGGAAAGACCCUGACCUCCAAAGUCCCACUCCGCACGGUCUGUGAAGCGAUCAAGAAAUACGGUUUCGUGGCAUCGCCCUACCCAAUCAUCAUCUCCGCCGAAGUGCAUUGCAGCGUCCCCAUGCAAGACAUGAUUGCGGAGAUCAUGAUUGAGGUAUUUGGGGAUAGCCUCAUCCGUGAACCCCUGGAAGGCCGAACCAAAAUCGACGUGCUGCCCAGCCCCGAGGAGCUGAAAGGGAAGAUCCUGAUGAAGACGAAGAACCUCAUGCUCACGUUCAACGAUACUAGCGAUGGCGAUAGCUCCUCGACAGACCCUUCAGCGUCGUCCGCCUCAGCCUCCGAAACGGAGUUCUUUGAUCACAUCUACAGCGUCCCAGCAGAGAAGAAGGUCGGGGUGCACGAUAAGCACGAGUCUAAAGGACCGCUGGCGAAAGUUGGGAGCAACGUCCUUCAACGGGUGAAGAGCAUCGCCAAGCCGUCGACAUCCGGCCCUAAACCACUACGAAUGCAUUCUGCUCCGGAAGUUCCGCUCAACAGCCCCGUUGUCUCCCCUACAGCAAGCAACCAAACUCAUCGACGUCACUCAGAAUACGAUCGACCAAAACCGAAGAUGUCCUUCGCGUUGGUGGCCCUCCUCGUGUACACAGUCGGCGUCAAGUGGCGAGGUCUCAACAAGAAGGAAGAAUACGCUCCUGAACAUAUGUUCUCCCUAUCCGAGAACACGGCCAACAAACUGUUGAAGAUGGGUAUGAUGGACCUCAUCAAGCACACCCGCACGCAUCUCGUCAGGAUCUACCCCAAAGGGACCCGAGUGACCUCCACCAACUUCCUACCGCACCGCUUCUGGGCGUCGGGCGCACAGUUGGUUGCGAUCAACUGGCAAACAUUCGACCUUGGCUAUAUGAUUAAUCACGCCAUGUUCCAGCGGAACGGUCGAUCAGGAUACGUCCUCAAGCCUGCGGCGCUGCGCUCGCCCAACAAGGACGAGCUCACCAAGAAGACGCACCAUGUGUUCCAAGUCUCUAUCAUUUCCGCGCAGCAGCUUCCACGGCCCAAGAACGCGCUGGGCCACGAGAUGCCUCGAUCGCAUCUCAACCCCUACGUCGAAGUCUCGUUGUACGUCCCCGACUGGCCCACGCUCAGCACUCCCGGUUCUACCAAUGGAGGAGUGAGCCGCGGAAACUCGACGAGGCUCGCAGCGGCGAUCACCUCGCCUCGGAAGAAGAGAAGUGGGACGUUCAGUCCCGUAGCAGCAGCGUUCCCCAACCCUGCCGAUGCGAUAGCCCCGCUAUCGCCCAUACCCCCCGUGCCCAGCUCCAUCCCCGGCAAGACGAUCUCGCGCAAGACGGGCGUCGUGAAGAACAACGGGUUCAACCCGAUUUGGGAGGAGAAGCUUCAGCUUCCGUUUGAGUGCGUUGGGGACAUGAUGGAUCUGGUGUUUGUACGGUUUGUUGUAAAGUGCCAGGAUGCCAAGGAGGGUGAUGAACCGCUGGCGGUUUACUGUGCUUCUUUGGGAAGCUUGGGUCGAGGUUAUCGACAUCUACCACUGCACGAUUCACAACUAUCGCAAUUCUUAUUCUCCACGCUCUUUGUUCGCAUUAACGUUCUCGACAUCAGUCCCUCUCCUUAA